GAAUGGAUCUGUCGAGCACUGAUCACCUUGCAACAACUCAGCUACGUGGCCAAUUUCUAUUGGAUGCUAGUUGAAGGUCUAUAUCUUCAUCUAAUUCUCGUCUUGAGACCGUUUGACAACGAGAAAGUGCCAUCCCUGUUCUUCUAUUUCAUUGGAUGGGUUAUUCCCCUGAUGAUAGCCGUCGCCUGGGCGCUGGUGAUGCACUUCGAGCAUGAAGUCAGUUGUUGGACCAACAAUAGCCAGUCACCGUACAUCUUCAUUAUAUACGCGCCUAUUAUCUUUGCCUUAGUGGUCAAUUUCUUGAUUUUGAUGAACUUAGUUAGAAUUAUAAUUUCCAAGUUGUGCACAGGACAAGUUGCCGAGCAGAGAAGAAUUUGCCGAACCAUCAAGUCAACACUAGUGCUGGUCUUUCUUCUAGGUAUCAUCAACUUGGUGUUCUUCACCAGCCCAAGUGCCAACAUCGGAACCACCUUGGCCUAUAGAUAUAUCAAUGCUAUUUUACCUUAUUGUCAGGGUAUAAUUGUGUCAUUUCUCUACUGUGGCAUGAACGCUGAG